UCGAUGCACCAAGCAUCAAGCAAGCGGGUUUACUUAAAUAUAUAAGAAACGUCUGAAAUUUCGCGGGUCGUUUUUCGAUUUUUUUACUGAAAAUAAAGUGAAAAUGCCAAAAGACAUUGUGUCAUGCCGGAGUCCUUAUUCCAGGGAUUUAACGCUCCCAGACCUGGACCCACCCCCGCACUUCUGGACCCGAAUGAAGCAAAGAUGGAACGGUGGUCAUCAGUUGCUUCCAACGACAGACAGCCCAACUAUCUCUGCCUGUACGACUUCCACAAAUUUGUCGAAUUUGGAAUUCCAGUCCAGUUCGACUCUCAAUCAACAAAUUUACUACGGGAACAACUUAAGAAGAGCGGUACCUGAAAUCGAACCCCUUCAACCUCACAAGAAUAAUCUCGACAUGACAAUAAAUGCAACGCAACAAGAUUUCGAAUAUUCCAAUGAGUCUCUCUCUAGAUCAAAAAAUGACAAGUCCUCGAUCACCACCAGGGCGCUGUUUCGCCAAGUUGUAGCAGCAGUUGCCGUCUCAUGGGUGUCCAUGGUGAUUGGGUAUGUCUCUGGUUAUACUUCACCAGCUGGCAUUUCCUUAAAGGCAGAUCUCCAAAUAACAGACUUACAGUUUUCGUGGAUCUCAGGCCUCAUGCCAUUAGCCGCCCUUCUUGGAGGGUUGUUAGGAGGGCCCUUAAUUGAGGGUUUAGGAAGAAAAUGGACUCUUUUGUUGACCAACGUUCUCUUCUUAGUUAGUUGGAUAAUAAAUUAUUUCGCUCAAGAAUACUGGUACUUGUACAUCAGUCGCAGCAUCUCCGGCUGUGGCGUAGGGAUAGCUUCUUUGACCCUUCCGGUUUACUUGGGAGAGACACUGCAGCCAGAAGUACGUGGCACUUUAGGCUUGUUGCCCACAGCUUUCGGAAACAUUGGGAUUUUGUUAUGUUUUUCAAUGGGAAUUGUCUCGGAAUGGAAAGGAAUCGCGGGAAUUGGGGCCUUGCUAGCUGUGCCUUUCCUCUUCGUGAUAUGGUUUAUACCGGAAACGCCCAGAUGGUACAUUUCGAAGAACAAAACCGACCAGUCACGCCGGGCACUGGAAUGGUUGCGAGACAAGAACAACCAAGACACCCUUGAGAAGGAGUUCGAAGAGUUGCUGAAAUCUCAAAAAAUUGCCGACGAAAAGGCCGACAAGCUUAAAGAUUUGUACAGUCGGCCUUACGUAAAAUCUCUACUGAUUGUGCUUGGAUUGAUGUUUUUCCAACAGUUCAGCGGAAUCAACGCUGUUAUCUUCUACACGACUCAAAUUUUUGAAGAUACCGGUUCGGACAUUGACUCCAGCGUUCAGACCAUAAUUGUUGGCGCUGUUAAUUUCGCCUCUACGUUCAUUGCAACUAUUCUGAUCGACAGACUGGGGCGAAAAGUUCUCCUGUACAUUUCAAGUGUUGCCAUGAUCAUAACUUUAGCAGCACUGGGGGCCUACUUCUAUUUAAUGACCGUGCCAGAUAUUGACAUUGCGCCGUACAGCUGGAUGCCACUUGCCAGUUUUGUCGUUUAUGUGUUGGGAUUUUCUUUCGGCUUUGGGCCAAUUCCCUGGCUGAUGAUGGGCGAAAUUUUGCCGGCGAAAAUUCGAGGACCUGCAGCCUCCAUAGCCACAGGGUUUAACUGGACUUGCACUUUCGUCGUAACAACGACAUUUCCGAUAUUCAAAGACAUUAUUGGGGCGCACGGCACUUUCUGGCUGUUUUGCGCAGUGUGUGUAUUAGGACUUGUUUUUACAAUCUUCUGGGUGCCAGAAACGAAGGGACAGAGUUUAGAGGACAUUGAAAGAAAAUUAGCGGGUGAAAAAGUGCGAAGAAUGAGUUCCGUAGCGAACAUGAAGCCAUUGCAAUCUACAUUUUAGAUUAAAUGACUGAUUUUUUUAUUUAGACGUAAGAUUUGUAGAUCUGUAUAUACAUUAAAUUAUUUUUAUAUGUAAAUAAAUUAUUAUGUUUUA